AUUUGAUUACCACGUAGAGUCCGGCUUUUCUACAACACUCGCCUCCCCUCCCCUCCUACAUUUCUCCCCUCGCUCACUCCUCGACGCGAGAGCCAUGCAGGGCACAUGUCCAAACCGCUUAUGCGUAUCCCCUAUACGCAGCCUCUCCCGCCACCACUGAUCAUCCCAGCGUCCGCAGCCACUCGACAAGGAGCCAUCACUUCGCUCACUCGUUUCCUACACCCCGAUAGGAAUACUCCUACUCCUACUCCUUCUCCCCCUGUCCUCCGCCACGACCACGACCAUGACCAUGGCAUACGAGAAGAGAAGAAGACUAACAAAACCGUCCUCCUAACCGGCGCAGGCAUCAGCGUCGCCUCCGGCCUCGCCGACUACCGGGGCCCCAACGGCACAUACACCCAAAACAAAUCCUACCGCCCCAUAUACUACCACGAAUUCGUCGCCUCCCACGAAUCUCGCAAACGCUACUGGGCUAGGUCAUUCCUCGGCUGGCGCGGUCUACACCGCUCUCAACCCAACGACACACACUACGCGAUCCGCGACCUCGGACGCCUGGGGUGCGUCGACACCGUCAUAACACAAAACGUCGACUCGUUCCACCCGCUCGCGCACCCAAAGUUACCACAUACCGUCGAGCUGCACGGCUUUCUGCGGAGUUUGAUCUGUCUGAGCUGCAAGACGUUGAUGGACAGAGAUACUUUCCAAGCCCGCCUGGCCGAGCUGAACCCUGCCUGGGCCGCGUUCCUGCAAGAUUUGCUCGCGUCAGGCGCGCUCGACACCGAAGACCCCGUGGAGCGGCGCAAGAAGGGGUUCAGGACGAACCCGGACGGCGACGCGGACGUGCCUGAUGCGCCGUAUACGACGUUCAGAUACCCGGCGUGCCCGAGCUGUUUGAGACGGCCACCGAUUCUGAGCGACGGAUCGAAAGGGCACGUGGACGUCGACAAGGAUGGCGCGUGGAUCCCUUCUUCGUCGAACCGCACCAGCACCAGCACGAAUAACGCCCACGGUAUAGGCGUGUUGAAGCCGAAUGUCAUCAUGUUUGGCGAGAGUAUUCCUGCUCCCGUGAAAGCUGCGGCCGAGGCGGCCAUUGACGCGGCCUCCAGGAUUCUGGUGGUUGGCAGUUCGCUCGCGACGUAUUCGGCGUGGCGGCUUGUGAAGCGUGCGCAUGAACGGGGUAUGGGCAUUGGGAUUUUGAACAUGGGCGGUGUGAGAAAGGAAGAGGCCUUCUUUGGAGAUUAUCACCACCAUCAAGGUGGCGGCUACAAUGAUGAUGAUGGUGGACGACUGUCCGCCUUGCGAAGGGCCGUUGUGCGAGCCAGUCUGCCGGCCGAGGAGGUUUUGCCUGCCGUGGUUGAAUGUAUUCGUCUGGAAAAGGAAAAAGAAAAGGAGCGCGUAUAAGUAUAGGAAUUGGACGUGUGUCUGGCAAAAAGAAAAGGAGCGCAUGUGAGUGCAAGUGUGGGAAUCUUGGAGGCGUCUUCUCGCAAAAUCUGUAAGAGACAAAAAGGAGAGGGCCGAUAGCAGAGCAAGCAGUGCUGCUAACGCUAACGCUAACUAAAAUGUAAUCAAAUGCCAUGGACGUGGACGUGGACGUGUAUAUACGAAGUAGAAGAGAGUAAAAUCCAAUCUGGGUAGCUAUCUCCAUAGCAAUUCCACCACCAUGUUAUACCAACAGGGUGCGACCGGGAUUCGCUGUACAUACCUUAGGUUACUAC